UGCAACUACUGUUCAACGUCUGUAGAAGGUCGCGACAACAAACCUCUCAAGCAUAUUCUUGACCGAAAUACUUGCCCUACGGCUCCGGAUCAUGCUCGCACAGAUGUCUGUACAGACUGUAACUAUCUCACCACGAAGAACAGAAAUAAAGCACUACUACUCCCACCUAUCGUGGAUGCAGAUUCUUCUUCAUCCCCAUCAGGAGACAUGGCUAAAGCUCCACAGAAACGGAAGAACCUCUUUGGAUUCGUGGAUCUUCCAGUCACUCCAGAGCAAGCAAUACGUGCAAAUUUCAAAUUGUUUCGAUUCAUUGUUCAUGCUAAUAUACCUUUCUUGGUUGCGGAGAACUGGUUUUUCCAUAACUUUCUUGAUGAAAUUUGGCCCUCGUAUCAAGCACCAUCACGUUAUGUGCUA